AUGUCUUUGAAAGAAGAAAAUGAAAAACUUCGAAAUAAAAUUCAACAACUAAGCUUGCAAAGAAAUCAAGAAAUUCUUGAUUUGCAGCAUCAAUUUGCAGAUAAAUACAAAUCAUUGCAAAAACAAUCUAAUUCUGAACAAGCUCAAAAAUUACGUGAAGAAAACGAGAAACUUCAUCAACAAAUUAAAGAACUUACAGAGAAAAGUAAUAAUUUGACUCGAGAAAUUAAAGAACUCACUGAUCAGCAAAAUACAAUCAAGAAUUCAAUUGAAUCGCUAAGAUCACAAAUAUCUAGGGUUAAAUCCGGGAAAUCAGAUCCAAUGGAUGAAUUUUCGCAAUUUAUUGAACCAUUCGAAAACCAAAUUAAAGAACUCACAGCAAUACUGUCGCAGAAGCAGGCUGAAAUAGAAAAACUUCAAAAUACAGUUCAUUUAGAAUGUGACAAAAGAAUACAAUUGCAAAAUGUGUUAGACAAUACUUAA